GUAACCAAGCGGACGUGCUGAAGUCGUGAUUGUUCCGUCGAGACAGUUUUGCUAAACAUCUAAAGUGUUGUUUCGGGUAGUGUAGAACGAGGUGCGGCAGUGGUUCGACAUGAAGUACUUUAUCCAGAGCCUAAUCUGCAUUCUAUUGGCGGUGCCGUUCCAAACAGUGGUCGAAGCUGUGAAGUUGAAAGAAAAAUUCAAAUGGCGUGAAGUGUCGUACGCUUGGCCAUCGGAGGAAACCAAACAGGAGGCCUUACGAUCGGGAAACUAUAUCGUCCAUAACAAUUUACCGCUGGGACUGGAACGCUGGCGGGACAAGUUGUUCAUUACUGUACCAAGAUGGAAAUCAGGAGUGGCGGCCUCUCUGACAUAUGUCAACGUAUCCGACGAAAUUAGUCCAGAUUUACGGCCAUAUCCAAGCUGGGAGGAAAAUCAACUUCCGACUGAUCACCACACGAUGUCAGAUGAAGACUCGAAGUACCUCAAGAAUAAUGCUUCCAUCAUUUCGACGUUCCGAGUGCGGGCCGACGAAUGCGAUCGUCUAUGGGUGAUGGACACAGGGCUAGCUGAUAUUUUGGGAGAUGCCGUCCAGUACGCUCCCCCAUCUUUAGUGCUGUUCGAUUUGUAUACUGACAAACUCAUACGGCGGCAUUAUUUCAAUAGUACUUUGUUAAAAGAGGACUCAUUUUUUGCUAAUGUGAUAGUGGACACCGAGCGUGGAGACUGUGACAAUGCCUUCGCGUACAUACCGGACCUUGGAAGCUAUGCUGUGAUCGUUUAUUCGUUUGCCGAAGACCGAUCAUGGCGCAUUAAGCAUAAUUUCUUUCAUUUUGAUCCACUUGCCGGUGACUACAACAUUGGUGGAGUAAACUUCCAGUGGACGGACGGAGUGUUCGGAAUGGCAGUUGGCAAGCGAUUGAACGAUGGUACGAGGCCGGUCUAUUUCCAUGCUUUCUCUAGCACCAAGGAGUUUAUGGUAUCCAAUGCAGUGCUGAAGAACGAAUCUUACGCCCAAAGUCCUCAGGCGUACUACGACUAUAAACUGCUCGGGGAUCGUGGACCCAACUCACAGUCAUCAGCUGAAUUCUACGAUCCGGAAACGGGUGUCAUUUUCUACACCCAGGUUAACAAGGAUGGUGUUGGAUGCUGGAAUACCGGCAUGACGUUGAACACCGACACUCAGGGACUGGUCGAUUCCGAUAGCGAUGCACUGGUGUUUCCCAACGAUUUGAAGGUUGACACCGAGGGUAUGCUAUGGGUGCUGUCCGAUCGAUUGCCAAUGUUCAUCUUCACCAGCCUCGACGAAGGACAAUACAACUAUCGAAUUUUGGUGGGUGAGACCCGUGAAAUGAUCAAGGGAACACCUUGUGAUAGUUAAACUGUUAUCAUAUUCCAAAGAUUCCUUGGAUUAUGGAUGGAUCGCUAUCAGUUUGCAGUUCCAUUUAAUUUUGACCAACAUCUUUUCUCCUUAAUAUUAAUUAAACUGACGUAUAUCAUUAACAGUUCUUCAAUUUCAUUGACAUCAUACAACAAAACGAAAUUGAUUUGAAUCAACAUCAAGAUGAGAGAAACAAUAUCGAUUUUUUUCAAUACCUCCUCAAGGUCUUCCAGUGCGUGAGGAUUCAAAGCGGGAGAAUUUUUUAGUGAAGAGGAUUUACGAAGCCACAGGACUUCAAGAGACAGGAGGAUUUAUUGACUCAGUUAAAUUGGAAGCAGGCAAUAACAAAUAAAAUUAUCGUCCCGUGGGCA